CACGCGUAGACGCAUCCCUCAGAGGAACGUCAAGAUGCCUUUCACUCGCAACAUCGAACUGGGCCGCGUGGCGCUCGUGAACCUCGCCGCGGAUCCCCUCUAUGGCAAGCUUGUCACCAUUGUCGACUUCGUCGACAUGAACAGGGUUCUCGUCGAUUCCCCCACCAUCCAGCGCUGCGUGAUCUCCCUCCGCCGCCUGGCGCUCACCUCCAUCGUGGUGGACCUCAACGGCGAGAAGUCUCCCUCCAAGGAGACUCUCGCCGCGGCGCUCAAGGCGGCGGACGUCGAGGGCAAGUGGGCGGCGUCCGCGUGGGGUAAGAAGAUCGCCAGGCAGCAGGCGCGCAAGAACCUCACCGACUUCGACAGGUACAAGGUUAUGGUUGCCCGCGUGAAGCGCUCGGCCCUCAUCAAGAAGGCCCUCGCCUAAACUGUCGGUGCCUUACUUCUGGGUUAUGGGGUGUGAGAAGUCUCACGAUGCGCGAAUGUGAUAGGAACUACAUAGGGUUUCAAUGGCAGAAUCUCGCCGUCAGGCUUCAUUCUAAA